AUGCCCGUAAGAAAUCCCUUAGUUCAAGAUACAAGAUGGCAAGCCUCCUUUAUGCUUUAGGGCGAUUAGUAGGCGCUUCCUUCAGGGGAGGGAAACGCUGCUAUUGCAACAGCAGAGGAAACCAUUCAUUUUUUAUUUUUUUUAAAGAUUUUUAUUGAUACAGCAAGGGGAAAAAACAAAAACACAAAUACCAAAUUACACACAGGAAUAACCAUAGACACAUAAUUUUCUUGGCAAACAAUAAAACAUAUAUUGGUCUUAACACUAAAGACCCGACCUCCUGUCUAUUCCAUAUUUUGAUUUGAUAUUACUUUUAUCCAAUACACACUUUUAUCAUAAUUAAACUUUUUCUUAAUAUAUCUAAUUUAUUAUAUCUACCUUGCAACUAUUACUGAAGUUCCCCGAAUGCUGCAACAGAAUUUAAACUACUAUAUUUAUUUUUCAGAUAUUCUUUGAAAACCUCCCAUUUUGAAACAAAUUCCUGUUUUGAUUUAUUCUUUAUUUUUUCUGAUAGACCAUCUAAUUCGGCAUAUUCUGUCAGCUUUUGGUUCCAAUCUUGUAUAGAGGGGAUUUCAUUACUCUUCCAUUUUGCCGCGAUCAGAACUCUUGCUACUGCGGUCAUACCCUUCCUCUUUUGCGGAAUAUCCGAAUCUGUUAUUCCCAGGAGGUAGGCCUCUGGUUUUUUAUUGAAAGAGAUCUUUAGCAUUUUUUGCAGUUCUGCAGGGAUACUCUCCCAGAAUAUCUGUAUUUUCCAGAGGAAACCAUUCCAAGCGUCACGUCGUCAGCUGAUCCUCAGAGUGUGCGCCCAACCAGCACCAGCGGACUACAAUUCCCAGCAGCCCUUUCGCGACCCAGCCACGCACCGCCCCCCCCAAAAGUUUGAAGCCGGGAGGAAGGGUGUGCGCGAUGGGCUAGUUCCCGCGCGGAUGCUCGGUUCGAGAGCGCGAGGAGGCAUUCGCGGGGCUGCCUCUCGUCUGCCGAGGAUCUCCGAAGUGCCUGCCCUCUUCCUCCAAGUCGCUUGCCUGGGCAUGCCCGGGCGUGCAAGGUAGGCGUCGCCGGCGUCAUCGCGUGAUGAGCAUUGCGCGCACUGGGGCUGCCCCUCGGUAAGCCGCCCCUCCUGCUGCCUCUCUGGCCUGUUCCCUCUUCCAAAUCGUCUCUUCCCCACACUUGCACCGUCGCGCUUCUGUUUGGGAACGGCUUUCGUUGCAUUGAAUGGAGGCCUUUUGCAUAGCCACCCACCCUAGUACCGCGGUUCUUUUGGUGAGCCCUCGCGGGUAAGAAAAUGCUAGUCCCGAAAACGUGGUGUUUUUCUGUCUAACCGUUUCCUUGGUUCGCUGAUAUCCUUGCUACUCUGAUAACUCCCCACUUGGAGCUUUUCCUUGGGUCACCGUUGCUACUCCCCACCCCCCAGUCAGAUAAUGUAUUUUUUUUAGGGUCCCCUCUAGAUGUCCUUUUCUAAAUGGCACGUUCGUGGUUUGUGCUUCCUGGUGCAUGUUUCUUCCCGCGCUGUGCCAUAGAUGAGCCCGUUUUUAGUACUGUUCGCGCAUGCAAAGGUUUCGUGGUGGUCUGCUUCACGUGCAAUCGGUGCAUAUAUCCUGUACUGUUCAGAUGUGUUUUAUUUGCAUCUAGUCUUCAGACCCUACUGCAAAGCGAAUGUUUGACUUCAGUAGAAGUUUAAUUCUUGAGUUAAAGAUAAGUUACAUCAUAAACAAGCUUACAAUGCUAAAAUUGCUUGUUGGAUCAUAGCGUGGCCCUUUUAAAAGGUCGAGGAAAACUUCCUUUAACAAAUACUAAAAUGCAAUGCUAACAUGAAUAUAUCUGAAUAAAACUAUGUAAAACCUAACUGAAUGGAAAUGUAACACAAACAUAAAAUUCUGUAUCUCCACAAUUCUACGGCACAGCAUGCCCUUUUAUCAAUUUUAUCCUCAUGAGUUACUGCAUACAAUGGUCAAGACUGCACAUUUUAUAUGUUCUCAACCCAGUAGAUAAGUUGUAGACUCAUGGGCAGGCCUCUCCCUAAAAUUUGUACUAAGUAUUGUCCUCAAUAUGCAGUAUAUAAGGUACAUAAUUUGUGAGAUCUUCAACCUGGUUUAAACCACAGGGACAGGUGUUUUCAGAGUAUGGCAUAUUUCUGAACCUUCCUAAAACAGCUGAAGGCAUUAGGUUUAAUUGGACUCCAGUAAAGGCCAUCCUCUCUCUCUGUUUCUGCAAAUCCUUAAAAUAGCAAGGUAGUACAGAAAGCAUGUAUAGAAGAUUCUUAUACAAUGGUGCAAUUUCAGAGAUUGAGGCAGUUGCUCUGUUCAUCUGAAGAGAGAUACCAAUCUGUUUAAAACAUUUUACAAAUAGAAUAGAGUCAGAAAGGACCACUGGGGUCAUCUAAUCCAACCCUGCAAUGCAGGAAUGUUUUGCCCAAUGUAGGGCUCGAACCCACUACUCUGAGAAUAAGAGUCUCAUGCUAGUUGAGAAAAGCCUAAUGUCGCCCAUAGGAAUGAAACUAAUCCCGUCUGCUUAGCAAACUCUACAAGGAAGGUGUGUCCCGUUUUCUGUUUGAGAAAGUGGCACCACCAAAUAUCUGAAACAGAGUACUGUACAGUACUUGCUCAAUUUUCACCUCAUCUAACGCCUGUAUGUUUGGUCAAUCAGUUUGGUCUUUUGAUAGGCUGCAAGUCUUCAUUUUUACAGUAAUUACCAAAAGGCUGAAGGAGACAUGACCCAAUCAGGGUUAAAGACAUCAGUAUUGUGUCCCCUGUGUAUAGAAGGGAUGUCAUAUUUUUUAUCAUGUAUAUUUUUUCCAGAGGCAACAGUGAGAGCCAGACAGUUGUGCAACCACAUCAUUUCUAUAUAAGUUGAACAGCAGAGAUGCCAGGAUGCAUCAUUGAUGGAUACCCUUUGUGGCUUUGAUAAAAUCAGAGUUCCCCAUGGACAUCAUCCAGACUUUUUAAAUGAAAUGUUGAUAUAGAGAGCCUGUAUACAAUAUAGAAGAUGUUUAUUAGCUGCCUCUCAAUUCCCCCCCCCCCAAAAAAUGGUAUAAUAUCAAAGGCAUACCUGAGAUUGAGAAAAGUUACAUACAAAGUUUGAGAGCUAUUUACAGUAUAUUUUUUUGUACAAGGUGAUUUAAAAGGAGGCAGUGAUCAUUUAUGGCUUUCACAGCUUGAAAACCUGCUUAUUCAUAAGCUUGUAUAUUAUUGGUUACUACCCAAUCCUCUAACUCAUCUAAGAGAGAUCUAGCAGAGAUUUUCCCAAUCACAUCAAGUAAAUUAAUUGCAACCUGUUGGAUUUUGUCUUCCACCAUUUUUGUGGGUGGGCGGGGGAGUAUAUAAGGACUAUUCAGUUGGAACCUUCCCAGAAGUAUCAAUGUAGAUAAAGGGUGAGGCCAAUAUUUGUGUUGGAUGAGAUAAAAAAUUCCCUUAGAGUUGUGUUUAUUUUAGUUUGUGCAAGUAAUUGACUAUAUUUCAUUCCUUGUCCCAGGUGGCCAUUUGGCAACAGGUUCUAAUGGUAGACAGGAUGGGUCAACUCAUUCAGAAUAAAAUCCUCUCCUAUAGUUUUUAUGACACUCAAAUUUUGAAAAAGAGCUACCUUCCAUAUUAGACACCAAUAUGAGCAAUAUAGAAUACAAUUAAGAAAGUAACCCUUUCCCCCCUCUAUCGAUUGUGUUUAAUAAAUUUUUCAGAUUAUGUUAAGGGUCUCAGAAUUUGUUUUUCCAUGUUCUUUAAUAAUAAAACUGAAUUUGAUUAAAAUAAACCAGUUUGUGUUAAGAUUCAACAAAGUUAAUUUUAUUUGGUUAACAAUCCAGAUUAUUGUUGACUUCUUUUUCCCCAUGUUGAAAAUUUAAGAUAGUUCCUUUCCAUUAUUCCUUUUCUGGAGUAUACUGGGUUACUUCUCUGCCUCCUGGGGCCCAAAACUUUUCGCUGCAGGGCAAGAGCCCUUUGGUUCACAUCUUUGGCCAUGUAACUGGCUUUUGAAGUUACUGGGAGGGGAGCGUAAAUUAAGGACCCCAGGAAUCUCAGGUGGAUCACAGAUUCCCAGCACGCUUCUCACCCAGCCAAUUCUAGAAUAGCUGCACUAUAGUCCCUCUGAACACAAAUAAUGUUAAUUCUUUGGGGAAGCAUUACAGAACAACUAACAAAGCAGAAUAAAUCCACCACUAAUGCAGUAUUAUUCUUUCAAGAACAUGUUGCAAAAUACGCCUUUAAUCUUCAAAAUCAAAAUAUGUUUGCAGUGUUUUCUUAGUGUAGCUUGUUGCCCUUUGUUAUGAUAAUUAGAGACUUUGGUAAUUAGGUAGCAUAUAACUAACUUCUCGUGUGUGUGUGUGUGUGUGUGUGGAAAGCAUGGCCUCCCUGGGGCUGUCCCUGAAUAAGUUUGGCCCAACUCAUAGUCAUGGACAUGCCUUUGACCUGGUGUUCAUCUCUAGUGACGUGAGUGAUCUGACACUAAGUAAAAGUGAAACAAAAGAAGUGCCAUGGUCAGAUGACUUCCUGGUGCAACUGGACUUCUCCACGACCCUUCCCCUCUGCAGGGAGGUGGGACCAAUUCGGAUGGUCCGCCCCCGCCACUUAAUGGAUCCAAAUGGUUUCCAGAGAGUGGUAGGGGAUGCUUUAUCCCAUGUUGAUGGCCUUUCAGCUGAUUCCCUGGUGGCCCGCUGGAAUGCGGAGUUAACCAGGGCUAUCGACUGUCUGGCUCCGAAGCGCCCUCCGAUUGCAUGGAGCGCGGACAGCCCCCCGUGUUUUUCUUCGGAGCUGAGGGCGAUGAAACAAUCGCUGAGACAGCUAGAGCGUCGGUGGCAGAAAACUCACUCCGAAUCUGACCGGACACAGGUUAGAGCUCAACGUCGAGCCUACCAAGUGGCGAUAGCGACGGCAAAGAAGACUUUCUUCACCGCCUCUAUUGCAUCUGCAGAAAAUAGUAGCAGGUGACUCUUUCAGGUGGUUCGCAAUUUAACGGAACCACCUUUACUGUCGGGGCCUUGUAAAGACCCCAAGAUCUCCUGCAACGAUUUUGCAAAGUUUUUUGCAGAUAAAAUCACUCAUAUUCGGAAGGAGCUAGACACCACCAUGGGAGCAGGGCCGGGGCGGGAGAGUGAUAGAGCUCUGUCUGGUCAAGUUGCAUGGAAUCAAUUUCAAUCCGUUACCCCCCGAGGAUGUGGACAGGCUGCUUGGACGCGUGAAACCAACCACCUGUCUCCUUGAUCCUUGCCCAUCCUGGCUAAUAAAAGCAAGCCGGGAAGGGCUGGGCGAUGGGCUCUGCGGGGUGGUGAAUGCUUGCCUCUGUGAGGGAACAUUCCCAGAUCCGCUGAAAGAGGUGGUCAUUAAACCGCUUCUUAAAAAACCAUCUUUAGACCCGGCCAGUAUGGCCAACUAUCGCCCAGUCUCAAAUCUUCCAUUCUUGGGCGUGGUUGCUGAACAACUCCAGGCACGCCUGGAGGAUGCGGACCAUUUGAAUCCCUUCCAAUCGGGAUUCAGGCCUCAUCAUGGGACUGAAACUGCCUUGGUCGCGCUGGUUGAUGAUCUCCGGCGAGCUAGGGACAAAGGUGAGAGUUGUUUCCUAGUUCUGCUGGAUCUCUCAGCGGCCUUUGAUACAAUCGACCAUAACAUCCUUCUGGACCGUCUUGAGGAGCUGGGACCUGGGGGCACUGUUAUACAGUGGUUUCACUCCUUCCUCCUGGGCCGUGUUCAGAAAGUGGUGGUGGGGGAUGAGUGUUCAGACCCCUGGCCUCUCACUUGUGGGGUGCCUCAGGGUUCCGUCCUCUCCCCCAUGCUUUUUAACAUCUAUAUGAAGCCGCUGGGAGAGAUCAUCAGGGGGGUUGGACUGGGUGUCCAUCAAUAUGCAGAUGAUACCCAGCUCUACCUCUCUUUUAAAUCAGAACCAGUGAAGGUGGUGAAGGUCCUGUGUGAGUGCCUGGGGGCGGUUGGAGGAUGGAUGGCGGCUAAUGGAUUGAAGUUGAAUCCUGAUAAGACAGAAGUACUGUUUUUGGGGGACAGGGGGCGGGCUGGUGUGGAGGACUCCCUGGUCCUGAAUAGGGUAACUGUGCCCCUGAAGGACCAGGUGCGCAGCCUGGGAGUCAUUUUGGACUCACAGCUGUCCAUGGAGGCGCAGGUCAAUUCUGUAUCCAGGGCAGCUGUCUACCAACUCCACCUGGUACGCAGGCUGAGACCCUACCUGCCCGCGGACUGUCUCGCCAGAGUGGUGCAUGCUCUAGUUAUCUCCCGCUUGGACUACUGCAAUGCGCUCUACGUGGGGCUACCUUCGAAGGUGACCCGGAAACUACAACUAAUCCAGAAUGCAGCAGCUAGACUGGUGACUGGGGGCGGCUGCCGAGACCACAUAACACCAGUCUUGAAAGACCUACAUUGGCUCCCAGUACGUUUCCGAGCACAAUUCAAAGUGCUUGUGUUGACCUUUAAAGCCCUAAACGGCCUCGGCCCAGUAUACCUGAAGGAGCAUCUCCACCCCCAUUGUUCUGCCCGGAUGCUGAGGUCCAGCGCCGAGGGCCUUCUGGCGGUUCCCUCAUUGCGAGAAGCAAAGCUGCAGGGAACCAGGCAGAGGGCCUUCUCGGUAGUGGCGCCCGCCCUGUGGAACACCCUCCCAUCAGAUGUCAAAGCGAUAAAUAACUACCUGACAUUCAGAAGACAUCUUAAGGCAGCCCUGUUCAGGGAAGUUUUUAAUCUGUGAUAUUUUAGUGUAUUUUUGGUUUCUAUGGAAGCCGCCCAGAGUGGCUGGGGAAACCCAGCCAGAUGGGCGGGGUACAAAUAAUAAAUUAUUAUUAUUAUUAUUAUUAUUAUUAUUAUUAUUAUUUUAUUUUAUUUUAGUUAUCUGCUCAUAAUACAGUCUAUUGAUAUAAAGCAAAAUAUUGAUAUCAAACCUUUUAAUAAAUUAUUAGUACUCUGUUUCUUAGUAUCAUGUAUAUGAGAUACUCUACAGUCACUAUUAAUAAUAAAGUGUCAAAGAGAUCGGUCUGAAUUAUUGCAUCGUUAUGCAAAUUGCUGACAUGUAAAGGUGUUCUCCUUUCCCUUCCCUUUUCAGAUAAUGGAGUGUCUUGUGUCUUCUAAAAGAGCUGAGAAUGCAUCGUCUGAACAAGAGGAAAGUGAAGAUGAGGUUGAGUUUGUUGGGGUAUGUAAACAGUAUCAAUCAAUCAUUUCUUGUGUUUGACUAAAAGCCAUUACAAACCUAGUUACAAAACCGGCCUAUAAACAAUAUCUAUUUUAAAUCUAAGCAACACCAUAGUUCCCUCUAAUAGCAAACCUGGGCAGUUGAGUACCUAUAAGUAUGGAAACUAAACAGAUAGUGGUUUCUAGAGACACAGGCAACUCCUUGGAUGUGCAUUGUAUAAGCUUGUAAAUUAAAAUACUUUUUUUCAACCCUUGAAAUGCCCAACAAGGAGAUAAGGAAUGCUUAUUGAACUCAUAGAGAGAAGAGGGAAAUAGUGUAAAGAAACAUCAGGCAGACAGAAGAAGUUGUUCAGUUAAAUCCAUAACUCAAAGCAGUUGAGAUAAUGGCCUGGUUUUCACAUCAAGACAAGUCAAACUAUGGCUUAUUGGGACCAUGCAAAUGUUUCCAGCCCACAAUAUCUGGAGAGCACAUUGUUGGUUACCCCAACCUGAUCCUGGAGAGCUAUGUCUGAAAAGUGGUCUAUAAUUAGUAAAUAUGUAAAAUAAUGAAUCAAAAUGUGCUGUGAUACCUUCCAUGAAGAAUGAUAUUGUGAGGGAAACCAAUGUAGCCCCAGGCAUUGGCCAAAGCAGCAGAGAACUUGCUUGCCUCCUCCCUACCAGGCAGAACACUCUGCUCCAACUGUCAGUUGCCUGGGACUGCAGAGUACAAGCAAACCAAAGAACAGGCUGGCCUUUAACACCGGCCAGAGGGCUGCUAGGUAUGGUGAUAUAAGGCUUUUAUCUGUUCUGAAUUGUCUUGGAAAUAAUUUGAUAGGUAGGGUGUGAAUCUUUAAAAUAAAGUACAAAGGAUUUGAAACUAAACUUUUUUUUAGCACACUGUCCACAUAUCCGAGGAAUGUGGGGAAAAAUGAGCUGUCCUUAUAAAUCUGUUUCAUGUGUCUCGUUUUAUAGUUAACCUGAAUUAUGUGGCAGUGCAUUCAGAUUCCUUCAGUGCCCAAAUACAGAUAAAUUUAUUUUUGUGACCCAUGUCCAUAUGUGUUGUUUUUUUCCAUUAGGAAAACAUGAGGAAUUCUGAAAAAGUGGGUGACAUGUGUUCCUUCUUGUACAAAGGCUAAGCAAUUUAUAAAGUUCCCUUCUGUUAGUACUUUAAUUUUAAGUUUUUAUUUUGCUUUCCCCUGCUUAAAUCUGUGUAGCAACCUUGUGAGAUGCACUAGGGCUUAGAUAGUGACUGGUCUAAGAUCACCCGGGGAGCUUAGUUAUUAAGUGGGAAUUUUAACCUGGGUCUCCCCAGUCAUAGUCCAGAUCUGUUACACCAAAUUGGCUCUUCAUGUAAAAAGCCACGGUGGGAAGGCUUACCGGUGAGAACCAUUACUGUUAGGAGUUCAGCCUACACUCUAGUAGGACCCUGGCCGAGACACAUGCCCGACUGGCAUGUUCCCUCCCUCCUAGUCGAUCGUUCAGGAGCUUCAUAAGCUUUCUUCAGCCCAAACUUCACAGCAACCGAUGCCAACAGACAUCGGCACACUUAAGGAUCCGCAGAGUUUGCGCAACUUGUGUAACAGACCUCAGCAACUCAGCAUUUUUGCUAAUCUACUUUAUUUACAUAUAAACACACACAGAUCACUGCAGCAUGAUUCCCUCUCUCUCUAGCAUCAAACAGCAAAAAGAACAAAGGACAAUAGUCCCACUUCACGGAACACAGUAACACAAACAUCCUGCCUUUGUCACUUCCCACUCUGUGGAGUCAAAACAUAUAGACAACAAUCACAUAACUGCAAUUACGGAGCAGGAAUUCUAACAAUUACAUGAAAAUAAUUUAUCUCUCUUGGUGGUUCAGCCUCCCCCCUGCCCAAAGCAAAAAUGUUAAUGUUGGUGGAAGUGUUGGUUAAGUUGUUCUGUGUUCUGUAUGACACACUUCAGUUUGACUAGCUGAACACUAGCCAUCACGUAAUGGAUCACCUGGGGUGAAUGGUUAUCUGUAAAGGCAUAUAAUUAAUAAAUGUCAUUUGCCCCCUUCCUUCCUUCCUUCCUUCCCUCUUUUGUUUUCCCCACUGCCUGUUUUGAAUUGGCAGUUCCUAGGCAGUUGCCUGGGUCCUUCUCUGAAGGUGGGCUUCCAUCAACAGAAGAGCUUUACUGGAUUGUUGGAUGUUUCGUCACCGUCUGUUAGUAGGCAGUCUGUUUUAGAGCUGGACUUCAUUCAACUGUGUAUGGCAACAAAUGAUAAUCUGAAUUGGGCAAGAAUGAUAAUAAUACUUAUAAAGGCAAUGCUUCUGAAUAUACAAUCAAUUUGUUGUGUUCCUAGAUCUUGUAACUUUUGCAGACACAUGUAGAAAGGCCGGGGGGGGGGCACUGUUAAGGUAAACACAUUAUCUUCAGUGGGUCUGGCUGUUAACCAGAAGGUUGGUGGUUCAAGCCCAUCCAGGGAUAACUGUGGGCACAAUUCCUGCAUUGCAGUGGGUUGGACUAGAUGACCCUCUGGAUCCCUUCCACAUUAUAAUUCUGUGAUUCUGUGUUUUCUCUUCCAUAGGAAGCUGUGUUGAGACCAGUCUUGGACUGCAUUGAACUUAGCAGCGGUGACGAAGACGGUAGCAGUUCUUCUAAUGUGAGUGUUCCCUACCGUUUAAAAUUGUUGGACAAGAGUUUUCUUUGGAAUUACUCCAUUCUGUCUGUCUAAGUUUGUAUCACUUGAAGGGGAGUACACAUGGUUCAAAUAUAUUCUUAUUUUAUCUAUAAAAAGAGCUCUUGAGAUGAUUUUAUUUUUCUUUACCUGUUAUAUUUGUAUAUUGCACAUCUAACCAAUUCUCUGGGGAGUUUACAGAAGCAAUAAAACACAAACUAAAACUUGAAGUAAAAACACUAAAAGCUAAAUAACUUACAAAAGCAGAAAGCCCAACAACACAAAAAAACAACCCCUCUAUGUAAGAUCAGAAUGGAACACAACAGCUAAAACAAUUAAAACCAGCAUAAACCACAGCAAGGAAAAAAACUGAUGUAAAAACUGAAGCAUCCAGUAGAUUGCGAUAAGAAGGCUUGAGACAACAUGGAAAUCUACCUGGUGCAUAAAUUAUCAUAGACAACCCAGAUAAGGUUGUCUGGGAAGGUAUUCUGUAAGCAGCGGGCCGUCUCCAAAAAGACUUUCUUGCUGGUAGCUAGCUGCUCACCUGGAAGAUUUGAAGCGAAGGCUUGGAAAAAAUGUUCCUUUAUCACCACUGCAAAUAUUUUAUAUGUCUGUUUCGUAUCCAAUUGUUAAACAGUAUUUAAAUUCAAGCUGCAGAUCCUGAGGAAACUAAGAGCAGAUUCGUGCAUUCUCUGUGCUUUUUGUUUUUAUACAUUUAUUCCAUGUGGGUCUUUGAUGGCUUAUAUUGAACCCUUGUGAAUGGGUUUUUAUCCUUGUGAAUGUUUUUAUCCUUGGCAACCUUUUGCUAAAGAAUUAUUCUCCCCUCCCCCCGGUACAUUGUUUGGGGGUUUUCCAGACCCCUGGAACCAACUAGGGGUGAGCAAGUAGAAAGUCUACACUUUCUACUGACAGGACUCAUUAGCUGAAUCCCAACCAUGAUGCCUAAUUCAGUACUUAACCUAUGCCAGUAGGGUCACCGGCAACUGGUGUUGUGAAGUACACUUAGUGGCUGUUGUUAAAUCAGGCUCAUCCCUCAAACACUAACAAUGCUGUGCAAUUUACAUUGCAUCGUACUUGAGCCUCCUGACACAUAGCGACUAAGUUGAAUAUGACAUCCUCAACCUCCUCAACAUCUGAGGGAACAAAGCAUUAAGCAAUAGCUUUUGUGAGGUAAUGGUGUCAUCUGCCUAAGAGUAAAACCUCAGAAGCUGGGGAAGCCCAAGUAAAGAAGGGCUGAAGGAAAACAGCGGGCUUUCUUCAGAUGGCAGAUGUAAGUUUCUGAGAGACAGAUGAUCACUUUGAGAAUUUAUUAGGCUGGGCCUGGAUCAGAUAGAUUUAUUCUGACUAAAGAAAAACUGAGGAGGGAACUGGAUAUUUAUGCCCAGUGUGUUAUUAAUACCUUUCAGAGGAAGGGAGCCAGUGUCUUGAGUUGGUGUAAAAGGCUGUCCUCUGCAAAGGUCUUACCAGAAGAUCACGACUCGUGUGGAUUUUAAUAGUUGGUUAAACUGUCCAAGCAGCCAAGAAUACAACCAGAGGAGUUUUAGGGAUUGUCCCCAGUUGUGAGAGCAUUUGGCUGGGGUGGAAGUUUAGGCAAUUUGGCCUGAGGUUAAAGCCAAUUAGAAGCGGAUGUCAGCAAAGGUGUUUGUUGAAUCUUCAGAAAUUGUCAACAAACACUAAAUUCCCAAUCUCUCUCUCUCUCUCUCUCUCUCUCUCUCUCUCUCUCUGUGUGUGUGUGUGUGUGUACACACUCUUUAAUAAAUCAGCUGUCUUAAUUAAAUGGUCAUACUGUCUUUAAUGUUUGCAUCCAUCUUACACCUAAACCGACUAUAACAGCUGCUAGGAGGUUUUUGAAAGCAUUGUGAGUUAAUUAAUGGCAUCUGAAAGUUAAAGAAGCAUAGAUACCUUAAACCUGUGUUUGUAUAAACCUCACUUUGUAUAGAGGUUGAAGAAACCAGUAUCCCUGACAGGUGCCAUGUGAACAGUACAGAACACAGCAUAUAAAUACUUUUUUAAAAAGAGUGUAAUGAGAGUUGUUUUUUAAAAAAUAAUAAUAUCUGAACCCAUUUUUGCGUCUGUUAGAAGAUGGUGUAGCAAUGGUCUUAAAGUAUGCAUCCUCUUACUUAGGUGUUUGAAGAGUUCUCUUGACUGGUGUCUAGAAAAUGCCUCGGAUGCUUUUAAGCAUGCAUUUUCCCCAAGACUUUUAUCCCAAGUUCCAAAUGGUGGCAGACGAAAUAAUUGCCCCCAUCCCCAGCCCUUUGUAGUGGAUGAUAAGAUGUUGCUAUUGAAUUGUCUGGCAAUUUGUGGCAGAUGGUAAUAUGGGAGAACUUCUCUUCAUUUGUAGGUAAAUGCAAAACGCAAAGACUACAUCGAUUAUCAGAAGGAAAAGGUUGCUUCCACACUAGACCGCUUGGCACGUCAUGUAGAGGUAGAGAAACAACUGAAAGAAGAGAAAAAUAAAGCUUUCAAGGUAUGAUUUUUAUUUUUACAAAAAACAAUGAGGGAUUAUCAUCCAGGUUUUAAACCACUGUUUGGCUUCAGCUGUUAUUUCCAAAGCAGAGCUUGUUUGUUUUUAAAAAAAGAUUAAAUGGCCUAUGUUGGAUAAUGUUUCCAGCUAGAUUUUUCUCUUCUGGUUCCAAAAUAUCUUGGUAAGCACCCUCCCUCAUUAAUCCUUGAACCUGGUUUCAUGCUGCCAUUGUGUCCAGUCUAGAACAUUGUGUCCACCGGUACUCAUUAGUCCUUCCCAUGAGUUCAGCCUCUCAGUAACUACUGUACAUUUGUUUAUGUAGUACAUUGCCAGGUUGUGCUCUUCCACAUUUCCCUCAGUGCUCUACUCUUUCUGAAACUUUAUAGUUACUUGGAUCAGUUGCUGUUUUUUAUUAUUUUAAUGACCACAUGCUAUGGUUCAUGUGCGGUCGUGAUGGCUGUGGCAGAAAGCGCUAAUGAGGGUGGACCUUGUGGUCCUGUUUUCCAGCAUUUCCUCUGCACCUAUGAAGCCUGAGGCUUUAAAGAUGGGAAGUUGGCAUGCUUAGGAAUAUAUGACUGUAUCCGUUUGCCUCGGGUAAAUCUGUCCAUGUUUUUUUGCUGUUAAUCAUUGUGGUAAAUAUAGCAUGCAGGCUUCCUAGCCUGUUAAGGUAGCCUUUUCCAAAUGACUUUUUGUUCUAGGGUCAGGUUCUGGCAAACAAGUGUUGACCCCUCUCUAAAAUUCAGCCAGCACAGGCUAUUGGGGAUUCUGAAAAUAGAUAGUGGUUAUAAUACGUAAAACUACUCAUCUCACAAAUAACUGCAGAGACCAAAGAAGUAGUUCAGUUCAGUUCAAUUUAGUUUACUGUGUUUUAGCAAACAGCCAUUACACUAAUAAUAAUAAUAAUAAUAAUAAUAAUAAUAAUGCUACUAUUCCCCAACCUUUCGAGGACAAAUUAUUUCCCAUGCCCUCCUUCAAAUUUUGUUACAGGAGUUUGUAGAGCCUUAGUAAGAAAUGUGGGUGUUCUGAAGGAUAUAUGCUUCUUUACAUCAGAAAAAAGAAAACAGGUCUUUGCAAGAGAUGGCCUUCCCUUCUGUGAUCUUAACAAUGGGUGGAUGUAGUUGUUUCUAAGAUUGUUAUAAAAAGAGCAUCCAAGGAGUACAAAACAUAUACCAUAGUUUUCCAUGUAUAAGAUGAGGGUUUUUAUAUUAUUAUUAUUUAAAAAAAAAUGUUCCAAAUUGGGGGUUGUCUUAUACACGGAUAGUGCAGAGGGGGGACGAGCGUUUGAUUGCAGCCACGAGCAGGAGAUUGUAAGCGGUGAUUUGGAGGGUGAUUGGUGGCUGCGUCAAGGGCUGCUGUUGAUUGGCUGCCGCUGCAUCAAUAUGGCGGGCAAUCGGCAGCGAGCAGGCAGACAAUUGUUGGCUUUGUCGACGUGUGUGACUGGCAGCGUUGGUCAGGCGGGUGAGCGAUUAUCACAACCCCCCCCCCCAAAAAAGAAAGCUCAACAACUGUGGGCAACCCCCCCCCAAUUUUCUUAAUUUGGAUUCCCCCCAAAAUAGGGUUGUCUUAUACACGGGGGCGUGUUAUACACAGAAAAAUACAGUACCUUGUUGAGGAACUGGCAACGCUGUAGUUCAGUGGUGGAUCUGCUUUCCAUGCAGAAAGUGCCAGAUACAGUCUUAGGCAUCUCUAGGUGGGGCUGAGAGAGGCACCUUGUCUGAAACUUUGGAGAGCCGCUGCCAGUCAGUACAGCGAAUGCUUUGAGCUUGUAUGUGUAUAUAUGCUUUUCGUAUUGGCGGUAAAUCAGUGCAACUAAUUGCACACGCUGUCUUCCGGCUGCUGGUACCAUUAGGAAAAACUGGAUUUGCAACAUGCUCACGGACUGCAAGAGCUGGAAUUUAUCCAGGGACAUAGUGACACAGAAGCAGCAAGGCAGUGCGUGAACCAGUGGCUGAAAAUGCCAGGUAAUGUAUUGGUACUGUUGUUUCACCAUUCAGAGGGAUGCACAGUUCUUCUGGGUGAAUAGUUCUACCUUAGUUACAGUCGAUCGCUUCUCCCUUUCAGACACAUGUAGAGGAGUAAGCAAGGUAUGGGUAGCCUUCACAGGAGAAACAUGGGAGGUGUUUGAGCUUCAUCCUUUUCUUCCAUACAGUGAUUGGGAAGUUUUGGCUCUCCAGCUGUUGCUAGACAGCAGCUCCCAUCACCUCCCUGACCAUUGCCUAUUCUGGCUGGGACUAGCGAAAGUUGUUGCCCAACAACUGGAGGGUUGCAAGUUCCCCAUCACUGCUGUAAGGAGAUGCUGUAGCUUAGUACAUUUGAUAUAUUAAGAAGUAUGUCCUAUCUUUCCUCCUAGAAGAGCCUGGGGCAGCUAAAUGCUUACAUAGCACUUUCUGGAUAUGCAAAGCACUGCAGAUGAGGAGCCCAAGCUCCACUCACUGUGCCUGCAGCUAAAGAAUUGUUAGCAGCAGGGCUGAGGGGUGUGUGUGUGUUUGGCAGGCUUGUUCUUCAGAGCCUCUUUUCCCUGUGUAGUCCUGCCUACCCACCCUAGUCUUUCUUAGCUCUGGUAAGUUUCAUCAUGUGGAACAAGCCAACCUAGGAAUGCAGAAUUACUUCACUUGCUGUGACUGGGCGCUCCAGGAUGUCACCAUGAGGCAUCCAUAGCCACAUCUUACGGGAACCACUCAGCCACUGCUCACCUCAUUCAUCCGUGCCGGCAGAUUCCCUUGGAUUGGGGUGGCAGGCCUCCUGUUAGCCCAGUGUCAGGAAUGGGUGUGUUGCUGUGUUCUUUCCAUUCCUUGAGGUUCACAUAUUCACGAGUCGAGUUUUGUGCUGGAUGAAAAACGAGGGAAAGCUUUAGUGAGGGCAGUAUAGUCAUCAGUCUCAUACGUUUUAAACAAAAGAAGCAGUGUGACGUUGCAGCAGUGUGAUCUGUUUUCUAACCUGUCUUCGAGCAUCAACUACAUGAUAUAUUAAGUAUUUUUGUUUCACGUUGUAGGUCUCAAGCCAGGCACUGUAAACUCUGGAAGGAGAGCAUUACCUCAGAGAUCAGACCAAAUACAAUCUGACAGUAAAUCCAUUGUAUGCCCAAUAAUGCAUUGCUACAGAAAAUUUGACAAUAGGCAUCUUCUCCUGGGCCACCUUCAGAGGUACGAGUUUUUUAGUUUGAUCAGGAAAUAGGUUGUCAGACUGCCUGAACAUGGGACACGGUAUUUUACAGGUAGUCUCAAAUGUGCAGUGCACUGAUAGUUGCUCUGCAGAAAUUUUAUGCCUCUAGAAGCCAGGAAAUGUUCAGUUUUGCAAGUAUAUUCAGACUUCACAUAUGUUUUAGUAAACAGGUUUUUUUCUAAACCUGUUGUUGUUGUUGUAAUGGGCAACCUCUAAAGGUCUUCUUAUUGUUCAUAUGCAUUAUUUAAUCCUGCAAAUUUAUUUCCUUAGGUUUGAUCAUUCUCCAUGCGAUCCAUCAAUUACACUACAUGGAUGUCCAGCUGAUGCAUUUGCCUGCAUAGUCUGCAAUAGAAGAUUCCCCACGUCUCAACUAUAUAAUGAGCACGUUUCUUCUAAGGCAAGAAUUUAAGGAAAUGCAUGUUUUCACAAAAGUAGCAGGAAAAAAAUACCUCCCCUCAGAAGAGUUCCAUUUCAUAAACUCGUACGCAAAUCUUUGCAGGGAUUUUACUGCUCAGGGUUGGCUUUUGAUAAUUUUUCAAAUCCAGAGGGGGAAAAAAUCUGCUGCUUGUAGGUGGUUGUGGCUCAUAAAUGGAGCAGGUAUUAGUUGAUAUAUUUUGAGAUAUGCUUUUAGUAUUAAGAGCAAAUUUCCAUAGCAUCUUAUAGAAAAUGUUCUUCAUAAUGUUGGAAAACAAAUGUUCUCUGUUUGUCUAAAAUUGAGUUAUUGUUUUGUUUCUUCCCACCCCCUCAAGGCAAGUGAAGGUGAUGGCCAUGAAAAGAAAUACCCUCCUCAGCAUAUUCAGUGCUUUGCAUGUCCAUGUUGCUUUCUCCUUUUUAGCAUGAGAGAUGAGUGUCUGCAGCAUAUGUCUGAAAAGAAUCACUUCUCUCAGGCUUUUAAACUCAGUGGUAUGUCUCUUUUGAAAUGUAUAUAUUUUUCCAUCUGAAAUGACUGGAUACUGCAUGAUUUGAGGGGGAAUGUGGUAAAAUACAUUGAAAUUUACAUCACUGAUCAAGAUGAUAAUGUUACUUUAAGGAAGUGUCCUUAGCUCCAUGCCAAGUAUGCUGAAUCUGCUUUCUAGAAUGCCUUCAUUCCCCACUUCCUUGUGCAUUGCCACCAAUGCAAAUUCUUCCCAGACUCUGUAAGCUAAGAUGGGUUUUAUUCUUCCUGAACAUUUCAAGUAAAAAGAUUUGGCAGGUCAGAUAAGACUUUCAAGGUUAUAAACAAUUUCCUGUGUUGCUCAUGCAAGAUAACUAAAAUGUAAAACAUAAUGUGGCUUAUGUUGGACAGAAAAGAACCUGAAGCUACUAUAUAGAACAGCACAAUUUGAUUUAACUACUUUUGCUAGUCAGAUAAAACAAGGACAUAUAUAUAUAUAUAAAACACGUUGCCAGGGAAGGUUUUUUUCCCGGAGCAAUGAUUGUCCUCUAUAGUGUGGCUGAGGUGUAUGGUAUUGUUCCCUCUAGUAUGCAAGGUCCAUAAUAUAUGUAUAUAUUAUAUAUAUAUAUUAUAUAUAUAUAUAUAUAUAUAUAUAUAUAUAUAUAUAUAUAUAUAUAUAUAUGAAUGAUACUGCUUAAAAUUUAGGAUAUUUCUGGGUACAGCCAUAUGAUGGGUGCCUUUCUGUAACUUGGUUUCUCAGAUUAUAUCAAAGUAGAUUAGUUUUGCCCUUCUUCCUGGCAGCUAAUAAAUUUUGAAACGAGUGCAAAGCAACUAAACAGCUUUAAAAAACCCUGUCUCUGCACUCCUGUCCUGACCAGUCUAAACAUAGUAGGACCAAAAAAUCACUCUUGCAACACUUCUGAAAAAUGCUCAGAUUUGAUUGAGUGUGUGACAUUUCUCAGGAACCAAGUGGUGUUUGUUAGCUCGUUCUUAACUGCCUGGUCUUGGUGCAUUGUUGACAUGAUUCUCUUACUUGAAUCAUUUGUAACCUUUGAUUCUUCUCCUUUACCACCUAAUUGUUCCUUGAAGUAAGUUUUGCAUGUUGACUGACUGGAAAUGGACAACAGGUUGCAACAAACACUUAAGUCAAGGGACGGGGAACCUGUGGCCAUCUAGAAUCCAUGUUGUUGGAUGCCCAACUCUGGUCUGCAGAUGGUUAGGAUUGGUGGAGCAUCACUGCUCUAGUGUGAUGUGGCCUAGAUGCCACCAGGACAUGCUUGCUGUGCGCCACCCUUCUCUGGUGCUGCACUCGACUCUACGUUGGAGGAGGGGGACACCAGCAUGUGGGUGACCUUCCUUUUGGGAAGUGAAUAAUGUCUGGUCCUUUCUGACUCAGUGAUACAAAUAACUCUGUGCAUUCCGUUGCAGAUAAAGCAACACAACCACAACCUUUGCCAUUCCCAACUUAUGCAAAGAAUCUUCUGAUCUCCUUGUGCAAAGAAAUCCCGUUCCAAGUGAAGUGCACAUCCUGCCAUCAGGUGUUGCGUUCUCAUGUGGAGCUAACAGCACACUUCAGGUCUGUUGAGAGCCUUCCUGCUUGUAGAAUGGGACUCCUUUCUCUGUUUCUCCUUUAAACAUUUGUUGGGCAACAAGCCUACUUUCAGUUCUGACAUGUAUGCGCUCUUUCUCCAUUCAUGUUAAACAUGGGAACGAAGACUAAAAAAGUGGCCUCAGUGGCCCUGAGUCCUUUCCAUCAACUUUGGCUGAUGGCCCGGCUGGACAGGGACAGCCUAACUACUGUCGCCUGUGCUCUGGUAACUUCCAGGUUAGAUCACUGCAACAUGUCAUAUGUAGGGCUGCCUCUGAAGACGGUUGGGAAACUUCAGCCGGUGCAGAAUUUGGUGGCCAGGUUGCUUACUGGUUUGAGCACAUUACACCAGCCCUGGUCUGACUGCACCGGCUGCCAUUAGUUUCUGGGCCCAAUUCAGAGUGCUGGUUUUAACAUAUAAAACCUUAAACGGCUCAAGACCUCAAGAACCGCCUUUCUCCAUAUGAGCCUACCCAGACCCUGAGGUCAUCAUCUGAGGCCCUUCUUGGUGUGCCUCCUCAGUGAGAGGUCUGGAGAGCAGCAACACAAAAACAGGCCUUUCUGCUGUGGCUUCCCACUUAUGGAAUGCUCUCCCCAGGGAGUGUCGCCUGGCGCCUUCAUUACAUAUCUUUAGGCAUCAGGCAAAAAAUAUUCCUCUUCUCCCAGGCCUUUGGCUGAUUGACAUCUGAUGCCCUUCUGAAUGUGUUGUGGGAGAGGAUGUUAUUGGUUUGCUUUUUGUUUCGUGUGUGUGAGUGUGUAUUUUUAUGUUGUGAACCAUCCCUGACAUCUACAGAUGAUUUAAUAAAUUUAAUAAAUAAGAUAAAUAAUGUUAACUGUAGUGCUGAACUGUCUUCGCUGCUGGGAAAAUAGCAAUGUCCCUAAGUUGUUGUCGGCACAUUCCUGUCCUUAAAGGCCUAGGAAAGAGGUAGGGAAUCUUUCAGCCCAAGAGCAACCUUCCCUUCUCGAGGCAACAUGCCAGUAGCAAGUGGAGCCAGAGGCAAAAGUGGGCAGAGGAAUGGCUAUCAAGCAUUACGCUUCUACAGUGAACUUGUUCCUACCCACGCUCACACAUCCUUCUCUAGCCAGGCAACCAAGAGGCCUGUUCAGUGACACAUUCCAGCGGGGCAAAAACACCCCAGUAGGGUCUGAAGCACUGCUGGCCAGGCAUGUGGCCUGGGGAGAGUCCCAGGGGCCAGAUAGUGAGGCCUGGAGGGCCUAAGAUACCUUCCCCCUGGGCUGAGAAGACAGAAUCCUGUGCUUCUACCAGCUGCCAGCCUUGGCUUUAAAGGGCUUUGUCUGGUAUCUGGGGCAUUGCCACUGCAGAAGAGGCAGAUUUAGGAGACAAUGACUGGCAGUGGCCUAGUGUCAUUCAUCCCCUGUUUGUUUGGAAGGCUGGGUUUUUUUUAGACCAUACUGAUUUUUAUUUUAUUUUUUUGGUAAUGCGCAGCUAAGUAGGUAUUACAAUGUCCUUUCCCAUUUUAGAACUCGUUGUCGUGAUGCUGGCCCAGUGACUCUGUCAAAGAAGCGCAUCUGCCAAGUCGCCGAAGUAUUUAAAGCCAAAGGUUUCUGUCACACCUGUAGCGAGCUGUUUAUCAACGACACCCAUAUCCGUCAGCAUAUUUCCAAAACCCUACACAAGGUUAAAGUUUUCACCACGAUGGAAGAAUCCAUCUUGACAGUAUGCCAUGUCAACGAAAGGAAUAAAAGUGCCUCUCAUCUACAGAAGAAUAGCAGCUUUUUAAAAUCUUCUCCUCUGAAGAGACCUUCGGACUCGAUUGAAUCCGUUGGUGAUGAGAGGAAAACAGUUUCAAAACGAAUAAAGGAUUCGGAAGGCAGAAGCCAAGAGGUUAGCAGUGCUCCAGCCGUCAAAACCUGGGUGUGUCAGUGUGAGCUGGCAUUUCCUUCUGAGGAGCUGGUAGAAAACCACAUUUUUUCCGAGAACAGAAUCUGCCGCAAAUGUGCAGUGUGCGGCAAGCUUGCGGAAAAUGCAAGCGUCAUCCGUUUGCACAUGAGCCGGUUCCAUGGAGGAGCUCACUUGACUAAUUUCGUCUUCUGGUGUCAGGUCUGCAGUGUAGCUCUUCAGAAAGUAGAUGACGUUAAGGCCCAUGUGACAGAAUAUCAUGGUGUGCACAGCUUUUACCGUGAGGAUGCUGCUGCUGCUGAGGAUGCUACAACUGAGGAUGCUACAGCAUCUUCUGGUGCACUGUACGGUAGUUCACUUGAACAGAAAGACCGAACUCCUAGCCCUAUGGAGCAGUCUCCACCUUUGAGCCCCAUGGAUGUGUCAGUGUCUCACCAGUGGCAGUGCUGCAUGUGCGAGGAGCUCUUUGACUCUGAAGACAGCGUGAAGCAGCACUGUGUGUCAUUAGAGAGCCACCACUUCCACAGGUACAGCUGUGACUUGUGCAAAAUGACAUUCCGGAAGAACGAAACUUUCCAUCGACACUGUCAGGAUAAGCAUAACGGUGUCAUAAAGGUCAAAUACUUCUGUGGCUUUUGUGGCGACCUGUUUUUUGAUGCCGAGGAGAAGUUCUUGCUUCACUUCAAGGGCUUCCAUAGCACAGAUUACAUAUGCGUGUCUGAGGAAGCGGGGACAUCGAUCAAGAGUACCGAAAUAGUAGAAGAGAGCAAUCGUCUGAACUGUGGUUGUCGGGAGAAAUACUUUAGCAAAGAGAACAGGAAGGCAGAUUACAAGAGGUGUCAGAAGGCCUUGCUGGAGAAGGGCAACUUGUGGUUCCGUUGCACCUUGUGCUCCUCAACAGCGCAGAGCUUUCCUGACGUGAUGGCUCAUCUCAUGACACACUCGGAGCAAAAACCUGACCAAGAAUUGUACAUUGUGAGGUGUGGAGCAUGCAACAAAAACUUCAACGAUAUUGGAGUUGCCCACCAGCACUUUCACAGCAAGCACUGCUUCCCACAAAAGCCCCAGCUAGCCCCAACUCAAGCAGGAAGUGACGUCUUCCAGAUUUCCUCCGGUGGAUCCUGUGUAGACAAAAAGCCUGAAAACCUAAUGCUUUCGGAAGACAAGACUGCAGCAAGUGCUUCAGAGAAGAGGUGGCCAGGAGAGCUACCCAAGGAGCAAGUUAAGAAGCCACAUUCUGAAGGGUUUGGCGUAGGUAGGUAGAAACCAUGGUAUACUUUGGAUGCCCAAACAAAUAUGGCUGCUCAAACAAAUAUGGCUGCUGAGAGAACCUUGCAGAACAGCUGGGGCUUGUCAACACUUUGCUUGCCCUGUGCCUGGAAAGCACGGGUCCAGGAGGUUUUCCACUUGUCGCUCACAAAACCCGAUUGCUGUUUGGUUUGAUUCAGCAGUAAACCACAGGUUUUUUGGGUGGAGGGAAACGGAAAUGUUGGCGAGCCCUUGGUUAAACUGAACAUGUAGUAUUUCAUAGCCUCGGCAAACUCUGCUUAUAUAAUUGUUUCCAUAGUGGUACACGUAUUUAGUCUUGCACCCAUUCUACGUCAUCAAUGACAAUUUUUCUAGCCAUGUGAAUAAGAAAGGCUUAGGAGAUUUUUGGUAGUUGUUUUUGAAGGAAAAGAAUGCGUUUGUUGAUACCCUAAUUGUGAAAUGGCUACAGGACAGUAAAAUCUCAGGCGCUGUGUGGAAAUUCAUUUUAUUCAGUAGACUUUCAUCAUGGCAUUGUUUUGUAAAUAAUUUCCCCAGCACCUGAGAGCCCUUCUGUAUUUGUCUGUAUUCCUCCUCACUGUUUACAAUUACGUUUGGGCAAGUAAUCAUCUAAAUCCAAAUGCAAGCUGCAUAAAAACAAGCAGAACCUCAUAAUGAAAAAUGUUGAAGUUAGUAUAAAUUUGCUGAAGGCGGUACCCUAUUGAGUAUGUAUGAAUUACUUAAAUUGCAAUGAAUUUUUAAAGAAUUUGAUGUGCUAUGUUUUGAAUUUUUCUGAAGUACAGAUUUCUACAGCUGAGGAAUCCGUAUAAUGUUUGUUAUGCUUCCUUCUUCUUCCCUUCCACCCGACUAUGUAGAUGACAGAGAUCUACCUGAUCUUGAUUACUUGUGUACCAUGACUCAUAUUAUUAUGAUGGAUUUGGAUAACUGGGGAAACCUUUUCCAUCAGUUGCCUGCUACCCUUAACCAAGGAACUUUUAUCUGGGGUUUUCAAGGUAAGGAACUCGUUGGCAGUGCAAACUUUCCCUUGAUGCACACUGUAUAGCACAUGUGAGUCAGGUAAUCUACAAAUGUAGCAGCAUACAUUCACACAAGUUCAUGGCAUAUAGCAUUCCUAAUUCAGGCAAGGUGUGUUAAUACUGGGCUUUUAAGCCCUGAAGGACAUAGUUGACAAGUACUUGAAGUGCUUCCCCCAAAAUCGGUCAAACCCAAGUUCUUGAGAUCUGUGGCGGAGGCCCUGUUUGCUAUAACCCCCCCCAUUGCGUAUGAUUCAAGAGGUCCCUACACACAGCAGGGUCAGCUUAAUAGCAGCACCUUGUCUGUUGAACCACUUCCCAGCACAGAUCCAAUGGUCCCCCACACUGUGUUAAUUUAGGUAUCAGUUUAACACCCACUGGAUGCUGCAUUUGUCUGCAUUUACAGUGGUACCUUGGGAUGCAAACGGAAUCCAUUCCGGAGCCCCAUUCGCAUCCCGAAGCAAACGUAACCUGUGUCUGCGUGUGUGCAGGUCACGUUUUGGCGCUUCUGCGCAUGCACAUGACGUCAUUUUGAUGGUCUGCGUGCGCGGCAAAACCCAGAAGUAACGCGCUCCGUUACUUCUGGGUCACUGCAGAGUGCAACCCGAAAAUGCUUAAACCGAAGCGUAUUCAUCCCAAGGUAUAACUAGUAAAAAUGUUGUAAGUGAUGUCUACCUGAAAACAGUUGAAAUGAGGAUCGACCACCUUUUAUGAUGUUAGGCGUAGCUCAGUCCUUUGCCCAUUACUAUGGGAGCAUGUUUUGCCGCACAAAUUAGCAAAAGUUACAAAGCUGGAGCAUGUAUAGUACAUUGCAUAUAUCAACCAUGUGCAAUUUAGAGUACCCACUUCUCAGAAACAUAAUUAGUAUUUCACAGGGUUUGUGUUACACACACACACACACACAAACACUUUUAAAAAGUAACUGUCUAUUCCCUUGUCUAGUCCCUCGAAUCUCUUAACAGUGGCUGUCUUCUGGUUUACUGCUUAGGUGGGCACAACAACUGGAAGCCACCUGUGAACUGCAAGAUUUUUAACUACCUUAAGAAAAUCGGGUGUUUCUUCCUCCAUCCACACUGUGGUACAAGGAGAGAGGCUGCUGACUUUGCAAUCUGUGUGCAUGUAAGUUUUCACGCACCUGUGCUGUGAUAAGAUGCAAAGGAAAUAUUUUGCGUUAGGGUGUCAGUUGCUGGCAUUCACCGAGAAUCCUAUCACAGUGCAAAUAUAUAAAAAAAUUAUUUCAUAAAACGUAUAUAUCUCUUGAUUGUAAAAAAGCACAUACACAACAAUGUGUUUUACAAUGUUUGGGCUAAAGAAUGUUCAAUCUUGUCUACCUACACAAUCUGAAAUCCUCUCACUAAAGAAAUUGUAUGCCCAUUGUCUCUCUGCCUCGCAUAAUUCAUGUUUUGUUCCAUAGGUGGGCCGCCUGGAUGAGCAUCUACCAAAGCAUAUUCCUUUCACUAUUCUUUCGGGAGACAAAAGCUUUCUAGAGCUUGAGGAUCAGCUUAAGAUGACUCAGCGGACAACUCGGAUUCUAGAUCCUCAUAAGAUUGAUUCCGAUAUGAUGUAUGCCUUAUUGAACAGCAUUUCAGAUACAGCCAAAGGUAUCCUUUCUAAUACGUUUAUAUAUACAGCCUAGGCAUGCAUUGCCUGGUGGAAGCUACUUCCAGGAUUGAGGUGAGGAGAGGCAACCUGUUUACGUACUGUACUGCUUUAGGAAUAAUUCCUCAUCAAUAGAUCACAUAAUUAAAAAUAAUAAAAUAAAAUUUUAUUUAUAUUCCGCCCUCCCCAGCCGAAGCUGGGCUCAGAGCGGCUAACAACAGUAAAAUAAUACAACAUUCUAAAAUCAUUCUAAAGUCCACUUGUAACUUAGUUUAGUUGAACUAGUUUGCAGGGGCUCUACAGUAUGGGCCAGCCACUAGGAAACAAAAAAGUAAUGGAGGCAAAAUAAAGAAUAUAAAGCCCGUUAGUGAGCAAUGUGUUUAUGCUCUGUUUAAGGAACAGCCUAUGACAGGGAUGGGGAAGGCUUUUGGCCCAGGAGGCCAGAUCUUUUAUCUUGCCCUACUAAUAGCGAGCCAGCAUGGACAGGUGUACUGGACCCCUCACCUGUCAGUCAAUCUUGUGACACGAUGACGUCCUGUGAUUGGCACCCAUCACAGUGCAGUGUUUCCCAAAUAUUCAACAAACAUCACGUUGCCAUGUGUGUAGAAGGCACGGCACAAGGGCUUUGAAAGCCCUCUACUUGGCACUUGGAAAGUUCUGAGUACAGGACUUUCAAUGUACUUUGCACAGCGCUUCUGAAGCACCGGGUGGUUGUUGGGCUUUGGGUAUUGCUAUGCAGAGCAAACCACUGCAGAGUUCACAAUUUGCUACAUAACGCAUAAGAAUUUGGCUCAUAUUUUACUCUGAGAAACGUUUCCUGGGGUCGAGGUAAAUUUAGGAGCUAGAGCUAAUCCCAGAGUCCUCUCUCCCACUUUUUCCUACAAUGGCUUAUUGUGCAAAAUAAGUCACGGUUGCCUCAUUUUAGAUUUGAAGCAGUGGCGCACCAACCUCAACAUUGUCUUCGAUGCUCCUUAUUAUUUAAUCACUUGAUCUGAAGCAGUUUUGUUUUGGAAGAUCAGUGGGAAUUCAAGACAGUUGCAUCCCCCUUUUGCAGCAUGGAAGUUGCUGCAGCAUAGCUCAUUCCUAACCUGCAAAGGAAAAGUCUAAAGGUGUGCACUGCAAGAUCUUAUGUUUAGGGAUUUAGUUCUGUUUCACAGAAAGCCAACAGGAGCUUCAUGUAAACCAUUUUUUUGAGUUCAGGUGCAGCACCCUAGAGAUCAAAUUAUGCUAGUCCUGCCUGUAUAAGUGAGUACAGAAUAUCUUGAAUUGAGAUUUUAGAGGGUUCAGGGGUCUCUUUAUGAAAUACCGUAUUUUUUGCACCGUAACACUCACUUUUUUCCUCCUAGAAAGUAAGGGGAAAUGUCUGUGCGUGUUAUGGAGGGAGGCAUGCCUACAGAUUUUCCUCCUCUAAAAACUAUGUGCGUGUUAUGGUCGGGUGCGUGUUAUAGAGCGAAAAAUACGGUACAUUUCUGUUGUUGAUGUACUUUGUAAAAAUGAAUCACUGUUGUUGAAAAGCUUAUAAUUUGAGUCUUCCCUGUUUGCUGUUCUGUGCAAUUGUUAUGGGGGUUAAAGUAUGAAAGCCACAUGCAGGUUUCAUCUAUUUUGUUGCAUGUUCAGUUCUGUAAAGUAAUAUGAACUUGCAGUUGAGUGUUGGCAUGGAUCUCAUGUUCUUUUCCUACAUGGAAAUCAAGUUGAAGGGUGGCUUUUAAAGGACAUUGCACUAAUGGGAACGCAUUCCCAAUUUCUUUGCCAUCCAUUUUGCUAAGCUACCUCGGUGUGGGUGUGAAGAUAAACCUCUGUUUUGGUUAUAUGUUGCACGCUGUUUGAGGGUACUGGGUUUUGAAGUGAGGAAGGAAAAGUUAUGACAGCCAGGUUUUACCAAUCAACAAAACUCUGAAGAGGAAAGCUAGUUGUGAGAGCUAUGGUAUUGCAUAGUUAGUUCUGUGUGUGUCUUUUUACAGAAAAUGAAGUGGUAGAUACUCGAAUGGCAGUGGAGCAGGUUUCAGAAGUAACAAAGGACCAAAACGGUAUGUUAAUUUCGCUACAAGAUGCUUAUUCAAGAGAUGAAGUGGCCGUAGAAAAUUAGAUUUGGCAAUAUUAUCAAACAAGGAAGAGCCUAGAAAGCUUUUCCCCCCAGUAUAUGUGCAAAUUCCUGUACAGGCACCAUGAUAGAGAAAAUUGGCUAUAGCAAGAGAAAGGACUUUCCAUAAAAUGGGCCUUUGCUUACCAUUUGAGACAUGGAUUUAGGCCUAGUUAAUACAGUGCUUGCAUGUUGGCCUUCAGAGGAGUGAGCCGGGUCGUCAUGAUACAACCGAGGAUCUUAUGGAGGCAAUGGUUGUAUGAACUAGCACCUUUGUGUGCGGGGGCAUAUAUGUGGCCCCUGCAAUUGUGUGAGCUGUCUUUCUAGAGCUGUUGCAAUUGUGCACAUUGUGACAGCCUUGUGUAUAGUUCCUAGCUGAGGAGGUUGUAUAAACCAUUUGUGCCUGUUAGCCAUCCCACAUACCCCCAGAGGCUAACAUCUGGUAGCUGCCAGCUAUGUGAACAAACAUUUACAAAAGUUAGAACUUGCUAUAGGAAGGAGCAUAGCUUGGUGGUGUCUGAGAUCUACAUGGCAGCAUACAAAUUUAAUAAAUAAACGAAUAAAAGUGGUAGAGCACUUGGUUUGCGUGCAGAAGUUUCCAGGUUCAGUCGCUGGCUUCUCAACGUAAAUUUGAGACUCCUUUGUGAAGAAGAAGAGUUUGGAUUUGAUAUCCCGCUUUAUCACUACCCGAAGGAGUCUCAAAGUGGCUAACAUUCUCCUUUCCCUUCCUCCCCCACAACAAACACUCUAUGAGGUGAGUGGGGCUGAGAGACUUCAGAGAAGUGUGACUGGCCCAAGGUCACCCAGCAGCUGCAUGUGGAGGAGCGGGGAAGCGAACCUGGUUCCCCAGAUUACGAGUAUACCACUCUUAACCACUACACCACACUGGCUCUCCUCCAGGUGAAACCCUGGAGGAGCUACUGCCAGUCACCAUAGCCACAACUGAGCUAGAUGGACCCAGGGGUCUGACCUUUCUGCAACCACUGAUUAGGAAGCGGUAGCCAUUUCUUGCUUGAGUCAGUAUUUCAGCUAUGCAUUUGUUUUGCAAUUUUAAGUCCUGCUUCUUUAAUGCAGAUGCAGAGGAAGAUGCAGCUUUUCAAGAGGCCAUCAAGCGAAGCAUGGAAGAGAUGUGA